ACCCUCACUACAUUUUUAGGAAAGGCAGCGUGAGACUGCAAAAAACAAAGAGCAGAAACCAAUGUCUCCCUUUCACUUCACCUUCCGCUCCGUCCUAAACCCCCACCACCACCGCCACGUCAGCCGCAGAACCUUCGUGGACACCACCAUAAACUGGGUCCGCGACCGCGGCCUCGACCACGUGGUCGAGCGGGAGAGAAACCUCCGGCCAAUCAUCAACAUCAAGAACCUCAUCAAAUCAGAGCCCUCCAAAUCCCUCCCCAUUUCCCUCCUCACCAAAUCCCGCCACUCCCUCAUGAUCCCCACGCGCCCCGUCGAGUUCGUCCGCCAAUACCCCUCCAUUUUCGAGGAGUUCCUCCCCGCCGGCAUCGCCGCCGUCCAGCCCCACGUCCGCCUCACCCCGCAAGUCCUCGACAUCGACGCCAACGAGCAGUUGGUGUAUCAGAGCGUGACCUACACGCACCAAGCCGCCGAUCGCCUCUUCAAGCUGCUAAUGCUGGUGAGAAGCAACAAACUGCCGCUGAAUCUCAUUGAGCUUUUCAAAUGGGAUUUGGGGCUUCCUCAAGAUUACGUGGACACCAUUGUGCCGGAGUUUCCGGAUUACUUUAAGAUUGUAGUGGGGAAAUAUGGGCAGCCGGAGUUGGAGAUGGUGUGUUGGAGUGAUGAGCUGGCCACUUCGGUUAUGGAGAAGAAGGCAAAACAGGGCUAUGUCAAGGGAAUGCCGCUUGCUUUUCCUGUGCAGUUUUCGAGAGGUUUCGAGAUGGAUAAGAAGAUGAAGAAGUGGAUUGAUGAGUGGCAGAAGUUGCCGUAUGUGUCUCCUUAUGAGAAUGCAGCUCAUCUGUCGUCUCAGAGUGACGAGUCGGAUAAGUGGGCCGUUGCGGUUUUGCAUGAGCUUCUGCAUAUUUUGGUUCCGAAGAAGACAGACAGGGAGAAUGUUUUGGCUCUGGGAGAGUAUUUGGGGAUUAGAUCGAGGUUUAAGCGGGCAUUGCUUCACCAUCCGGGAAUAUUGUAUGUGUCGAGCAAGAUUAGGACUUAUACAGUUGUGUUGAGAGAAGGGUAUAAGAGGGGUGCCAUUAUCGAAAAUCAUCCGCUGAUGGACAUAAGAAACCAGUAUAUUCACCUCAUGAAUGCUGUGAAGGAAGAUGGUAAAACGAUAAGUUCUAAGGAGAAAAAGAAGAAGAAGGGAAUUGAAGAUUCUAAAGGAGAGGAUGUAGAAGAGGACGACGAUGACAAUGAGGAAGCGAUGGAAGGGGAGUUGUGUGAUUCUUCUGAUGCUGAAGUGGAGCAUGACAAUGUUGACAGUGAAGACGAUGAAGAAGAAGAUGAAGACGAUGAUGAAGAAGAGAGUAUGACAAGCGUUCGAAUGAAUGAUGCUAAUACUAGAGGAAGAAGAGCUAGGAAAUCUAAUUUUGAUGUCAUGACACCGUCCAGAAAUGCUGGAAGAAGAGGAAGUUCAGGUCAAAGAAGAGCUUGGAAAUCUGAUAAUACUGAGAGAGGGAGGUCUGGUGGACAAUACCCUGGUAGGAGUGGGAACGAAGUCUCAGCAGAAACUUCUAGAAGAACACAAGCUGAUGUUAGGCAUAAUGUCCACCAAAAUUCAAGAGAAACAUCAAAUCGCUCCAGAAGCAGGGGGAGUUCUUCACCAGACAAGAAGAAUUAUGUUUAGAGAAAGUCGGCUAGUUUUCUGCAACAACAUUCCGAUAGUUGGCAUGAUGUGUCUGAGAAGAAAACCUGCAUCCCCCAAAUGUGACGAAGAAGACUACUGGAGGAUCUGUGAGCUUGCCAAAACUUCAUCUCCAAUGGUAGUGAGAGCAGACUGUGAUAUGAGUUGUAGGGGCUUCACUGUUUAGUCUGAUCAUUCUUACUGGUAUGAGUUUUUUUGUUUGUUUGUUAGGAUAGUGUAUAUGAUCCAUCUUUCUGAUAAUGUAAGUGAAAAGAUGAGGGAGACCAGUACACAAGGUAUGAUACCAAAACCUGUGAAAAAGUAAUAUGGCUGCAAGGUUACUGAGAGCAUCAA